GUUAUAACGAUCGUUGACGCGGGAAUUCACAGGAGGAUGAUUGAGCAUCACGAAAAUAAUUAGGUUACAGUUCCGCUGCCGAUCCUGCGUUUAUAUGCCGGCUGUUUCAAGCAUCAAAACAAACUUGAAGUUUUUACGUUGCAGUGACUAUCUUUGACGUUUUUAAAUCAAUUUACAACGUUUAAAUAAUUAAAACAACAUGAGUCGCAGAAAAAGAGCAAAGGUGGAGUACAGAGAAAUGGAGGAAAAAUAUAAUCAGCUAGAAGAUGAAAAUGCCUCCGAUACAUCAGAGAAAUCUAAAACUGGUCUUGUAACACCAGAAAAGAAAGUUUCUACAGAAGUGAAAAAAGAAUCUGAAUCUACAGUGCCUGUACCUACAGCUUCUGCUUCUAAAAGUGAAGUCAAGGAAGAAGAUGAUCAAGACAGUGAUCAUGAAGAUCCACAUGUGAAGGAAUUAUUAAAUGGAUUAGAAGGUGCAGCCUUUCAAAGUCGCCUUCCAUUUGACAAAUUGACAUCUACUGAAGCUGCAUGUUUUCCUGAUGUUUCUGGUGGACCACCACAAACACAAAAAGUAUUCUUACACAUUAGAAACAGACUUUUGCAAAUAUGGCUGGAAAAUCCCAAACAACAAUUAAUCAUCGAAAAUGCAUUACCACAAAUUGAGCCACCUUAUAAUAGCGAUACUGUACUUACUCGUAGGAUUCAUGCAUUUUUAGAACGUCAUGGUUUUAUAAACUUUGGAGUUUUUAAACGUCUUAAGCCUUUACCAACUAAAAAACUGGGCAAGGUCAUUGUAAUUGGUGCUGGUAUUGCUGGAUUGGCAGCAGCUCAACAGAUGCAACAGUUUGGCUUAGAAGUAAUUGUCUUGGAAGCUAGAGAUCGUGUUGGUGGCCGAAUCGCCACAUUUCGUAAAUCAAAUUAUAUUGCGGAUUUGGGAGCUAUGGUGGUCACAGGUUUAGGUGGAAAUCCUGUAACGACUCUUAGUAAACAGAUUAAUAUGGAACUCCAUAAAAUUCGACAAAAGUGCCCAUUGUAUGAAAGCGAUGGUCAAACGGUUCCAAAAGAUAAAGAUGAAAUGGUUGAAAGAGAGUUUAAUAGAUUAUUGGAAGCCACUUCUUACCUUUCGCAUCAAUUAGAUUUUAAUUAUGUAAACAGUGCAGGAUCUGGAGGACAAGGCGGUAAUACGCGUCCAGUAUCCUUAGGUCAAGCAUUAGAAUGGGUCAUACGUUUACAAGAACAAGGUGUGAAGCAACGUCAAGUAGCGCAUUUGCGUUCUGUACUCUCAUUACAAGGACGAUUAGUUACGAAUCAGCACAGAAUGAUUUCCAUUAUGGAUCGUUUGGUAGAAUUAAACAAGCAAUAUAAGGAAAUGACGGAAAGUAAAUUACAAACUCGAGAUAUAACGCAAGAAUUUGUGCUCCGAUCUAAAUUACGUGAUCUCCAUAAUGCUUGUAAGGAGUGGGAUCAGCUAUCAGAUCAACAGAGAGAAAUUGAAGCAAAGUUACAAGAAUUGGAGGCUUCACCACCCAGUGACGUCUAUUUAUCGUCCAAGGAUCGGCAAAUAUUGGAUUGGCAUUUUGCAAACUUGGAGUUUGCCAACGCAACAUCUUUGUCAAACUUGAGCCUGAAGCAUUGGGAUCAAGACGAUGAUUUUGAAUUCACCGGAAGUCAUCUAACUGUUCGCAACGGUUAUUCUUGCGUACCUGUUGCUCUUUCGGAAGGCCUCGAUAUCCGAUUGAACACGGCCGCUCGAGCGGUGCGAUACGGGCCAAACGGCGUGGAAGUCUGGGCCGCACCCUCUCGUAGCCCGCACACAAAUCAUACCGUUUAUAAGGCGGAUGCCGUAUUGGUUACGUUGCCCCUCGGCGUCCUCAAGACGUCCACGCUGCCUUCCGGGGUCAACUUCACCCCCCCGCUUCCGGAGUGGAAGUCUCAGGCGAUUCAACGGCUUGGUUUUGGCAAUUUAAAUAAGGUGGUAUUAUGCUUCGAGCGGAUUUUCUGGGAUCCUACGGCCAAUUUGUUCGGCCACGUGGGAAGUACCACCGCGUCGCGCGGUGAGCUCUUCUUGUUCUGGAACUUAUACAAGGCGCCUGUCCUGCUGGCCCUCGUCGCCGGUGAAGCGGCUUGCGUAAUGGAAAAUGUCAGUGACGAUGUUAUCGUCGGCCGUUGCAUCGCCGUACUGAAAGGUAUUUUUGGAAACCAAGUAGUACCGCAGCCGCGCGAAAGUGUCGUGACGAGGUGGCGCGCGGAUCCUUGGGCACGAGGAUCUUAUAGCUUCGUCGCGGUUGGCAGUUCCGGCAGUGAUUACGAUCUUCUGGCAGCGCCCGUGUCAGCUCCGCACAUGCUCAAUCAACCUCCGCCGCAGCCAAGAGUAUUCUUCGCAGGAGAGCACACUAUACGGAAUUAUCCGGCUACCGUACACGGUGCAUUUCUCAGCGGCCUUCGUGAAGGCGGACGUAUAGCCGACCAGCUUUGCGGAAGUCCUUACGCGCCACCGACAAUGCCAGCAUCCGCUCCGCCAUCAACGGGGAUCACAUCAGCAAGCACUGGCAGUAGCUCGACGCCUUAGUAUUUUCGCGUCUUAGUAUUCUCGCUAUUACGUUUUUGUCUUUCUUUGAGCGAAUAAGCUCCGAGGAGAAAAUGGAGAGCUCUUUCUCGAAACUUUCGUGAAAGAGAUACAAGAAAAGCUUUUUGUGAGACAAUUCGGUCUCUGUGAUAGCUCGACGACGGAAAACGCGUUCGUUGUGUUAGUGCUCGCUAUUAUUUCAACAGCUUACGUAUAUAUCGUUUGUUAUGCGAUCGUUUUCGGUAACUUGAUCCUAUUAGGUAUCGGUCCGAUUGAAACAUACAACUUAAAGAAUAAUUUGACGAUUUGCGAAAUGCUCAACUGUUUGUGACGCUGUAUCAUGUUUGUCAGAUAUCUUUAUCCAUGCACGCAAGUAUAUACAGCUCAAAUAUUUUAUCUCUCAAUUAUCUCUUUACAUAUAUUUUACAUUCAUUAUAUUUUUAUCCAUAGAAAUAAAUAAGUAUUUGUUAUGGCUUAGAUUAGGUAAUCUUUUAUUUUCUUUCUCAUAUAAUAGAUAAUUCUUGUUUAUUACGUUCUUCCAAUUUUUAAAUUUUGCUUCUGUUAGAACUUAUCUAUGCGAUUUAUUAGAAUUUACGAGUUUUAUGCUACAAGACAUGAUUUUUGUGUAAUUGAAUAGUAUUAUUUAUAUAGAAGUAUACAUGUCGAUAAACAUAUACUUAUAUAUGUGUGUGUAUAUAUAUAUAUAUAUAUAUAUAUAUAUAUAUAUCUUGAUAUCUCUUGAUCGAAUAAAUAAGAAAAACAGCAAUGUGCUUGAAACUGCGUAUGAAGCAACGUAAGCUGUAUCACAAAAUGUGCGAAAUAAUGCAAAGCCAUAAAGAUAAAUUAUUUUAUGACGCAGUAUAUAUUAGUUCGUGAUAAUAAAACAAUGAGAAUAGAGAACGAAUUGCUUUCAAGAUUUAAAUCUAUCAAAAUUGUUAGCGGAUAUUUCGAGAUUUCUUCCAAUACUAUUUAACUGCGUGCGUUUAAAUCAUUUUCUUUAAUUAUAUUAUAAAUCAUUUUUGUUUAUACUUCCCACCUCAAAUCCCUAAUCAUUAAAAAAUAAUGCAGCAAUUUUAGCUCUAAAAAAUAAUUUUAAGGUAAGUUAUGUUAUGGAUUAUCAAUACAAUGUAUUACAUUCCUGCGCAAGUAAAGCGCAUAGAAAUUUUCAUUCUAUGUUUUCAUUCGUUUCAUGCGCUAACGCAAAUAAUUAAUGUAAUUACAAAUCUGCAAACUAUACUGUGUUGCAACUGAGAUUUGACACAUGCAUAUAUGUGGAAAAUAUAUAUGUAAUAGAGAAUUUAUAUAUUACAAUUAAAAGAGAAUUGUUAUGCA